AGGGUACUUUGUCCGAGUUUUCUUGUCCUGGUACCUCUCAACAAAAUGGCAGAGCUGAGCGUAAACACCGUCAUAUUCUUGACUCUGUCCGUGCGAUGCUUGUUUCCUCUUCCUGUCCUGAGCGUGUUUGGGGUGAAGCCGUUCUCACUGCUGUUCAUGCUAUCAAUAGACUCCCUUCUUCUGUUCUUGUGAUGAUACUACAGGGUCUAUCCCAACUCCACCCCUCGAGGCUCCUGCUCCACCGUCUUCUCCAUCUCCUGAUGACUCCAGACCGGAUGGCGAUCCCACUCAUACCGUCAUGCCUCCUCCUCCCACUCGUUCUUCUCGGCAAUGCAGGAAGAAAUACAGGCUCUUGAACAAGCACAUACUUGGGAUUUGGUUGAUCCUCCUUCUGAUCAGGAAGUUGUGGGCAAUAGAUGGGUCUACAAGAUCAAGACUCGCUCUGAUGGUUCUAUUGACCGUUAUAAGGCUCGCUUGGUUGCUUAAGGUUGCACGCAAGAGUAUGGUAUUGAUUAUGAAGAGACUUUUGCUCCUGUUGCUCGCCUUACAUCUGUUAGAGCUCUCCUUGCCAUUGCUGCAGUUAAAAAAUGGUCUCUCAGUCAGAUGGAUGUGAAGAAUGCAUUUCUUAAUGGGGACUUGAAACAGAAAGUCUAUAUGAAACCACCUCCGGGAUAUCCUUGUCCUUCUCGUAAGGUUUGUCUCCUUCGCAAGGCGCUCUAUGGACUUAAGCAAGCCCCUCGUGAAUGGUUUGACAAGUUUAGCUCUACCAUAUGCGAUCUUGGUUUCACUUCUAGUCCUCAUGAGAAUGCUAUCUUCAUUCGUAAAAGUGAACGAGGAGUUGUCCUUCUACUUUUAUAUGUUGAUGACAUGAUCAUUACUGGAGAUGAUGUUGACGGUAUCUCUGAACUGAAGACCUCACUUCACCAUACCUUUGAGAUGAAAGAUCUUGGUUCUCUCAGCUAUUUUCUUGGUCUCGAGGUCAUCUCCACAGAUGAUGGCAUCUAUCUCUCUCAGGCUAAGUAUGCUUCAAAUCUUCUUGCUCGCGCUGGGAUUACAGAUAGUCGCACUGAGUCUACUCCUAUUGAGCCUAAUGUUCGAUUUACUCCUAUGGAUGGCACUGCUUUGGAUAAUCCGACUCUCUAUCGACAGUUAGUUGGUGGUCUCGUCUACUUGACUGUCACCCGACCAGACAUUGCCUAUCCAGUUCAUGUUCUCAGCCAGUUCUUGUCAGCUCCUCGUACUACUCACUAUGCGGCAGUUCUGCGCAUUCUUCGCUACGUCAAAGGCACUCUAUUUCAUGGCCUUUAUUUUUCUGCUCAUUCCUCUUUGACACUACAAGCAUACUCCGAUGCUGAUUGGGCUGGCGAUCCCACUGAUCGUCGUUCCACUACUGGUUACUGUUUAUUCCUUGGCGACGCUCUCAUUUCUUGGCGUGCUAAGAAGCAGACCUUCACCGCUCGGUCAAGCACAGAAGCUGAAUACCGUGCCCUCGCUGACACCACUGCUGAGGUUCUCUCGGUUCGUUGGCUUCUCGAAGAUCUGGGUGCUCCUCAGUCCACUCCUACUGAUGUUUUUUGUGAUAACCGCAGUGCUAUUCAGAUUGCCCAUAAUGAUGUGUUUCAUGAACGCACCAAACACAUUGAGAUUGAUUGUCAUUUUGUUCGGCAACGAAUUCUCAUUAAUGCUAUUCGUCUCAUUGCUGUUGGAACACUAAAUCAGACUGCUGAUAUCUUCACGAAAGCUCAUCAUCCGACUCGUUUCCGGACUUUGUUAUCCAAACUCAAGCUGGUAUCCUUAGCACCCACUUGAGUUUGAGGGGGGAUGUUAGAGAAUCAUUAGAAUUAAUUAGUAUCGUAUUAGUAUCGUAUUAGUAUCGUUUAUAUUUAUAGCAUAUCUGUAUAUUAAUUGUAAGAUUCUAUGUCUUUAUUACGUUGAUUCAUCUAACACCUAUAAAUACCCCUUGUAUAUUGUACAUUUCAUCAAGCUGAAUAAUACACUUUUCAGAUUCCUCUCCUCAGUCUCUUGUUUCUAACAUAUCUUAUAAAUUGACCUAA